AUGCUGAUUCCUCGAUGCCGUCUCGCCCGUUCCCAUCCUCAUCCUCAUAUUCGACACGGCGUCCUGCUCCCUCGGUCGCGUCUCAGCCUACGUAUCCCAACGAAUCAUCACGGCACUCAAACCACGAAAUCCCAAACCAAACAAGAUGCCAUUCCCCACGACACAGCAACUACGAACCAGAAACCCAAACUAUCCCCACUCGGGUGGUUCCGACGUUCCCAAAGCCAACGACCAUAUACCACCCAACUAUGCCUGACGCCGCUGAUAUUCUGUGUCGGGGACUUCGCCGCACAAAUGAUCGGCGACGACGACGGAUUCGACUACCAUCGCGCACUGCGCAGCGUCAUCGCCGGACUGGUGAUCGCGAUCCCCACCUAUAAGUGGUUCCUGUUCCUCGGGCGGCGGUUUAAUUACAGCUCACCUGCGCUGUCGUUGGGGGCGAAGGUCGCCGUCAACCAAACCGUGUAUACUCCGCUGUUCAAUGUGUAUUUUUUUGCGGCCCACGGACUCCUCGCUGGGGAGGGGGUCUGGGGUACCAUGGAACGAGUGAAGGAUAAGGCGUCGAUCAGUAUUCCCAGGAGUUUUUUGUUUUGGCCAUUCGUGACGGCGUUCAACUUUACGUAUAUUCAGCCCCAGUCGAGGGGGAUUGCCACCUCGAUAGGCUCUGUGUUUUGGCAGACAUAUUUGAGUUGGUUGAAUAGUCGGGGAGAGAGGAAGGGGAACCCUUCCGUCGUGGAAGGUUGA